AUGAACAGCUUAGGUGUGUCUGGUGAAGGCCAAGGACUGCUACUACCUACGUACAGUACGACACUCGAAUAUCUCCAGAAACAAUCACAGCAACAGGACCCACAGUCGGAGAUUAACUCCGCCAGCUCACCGCCAGUGAGCUACUUCCAGCAGUUCUUCUAUCCUGCCGACGGUGAUCCAGCAUCAUCGCGUGCCCUCCGUCCUCGGGAGUUUCCCAGCCCACUGGACCUAUCGCUGCGUCCGACGAAUGUCCCCAUGACACCACCUUCGACACCAUCGCCACCAAGAAAACGUUUGAAGUCGUUCGACGAAUCGACGGCCGUAAUGCCAACCGCGAAUGUGACACGAACCGCGGAAAGCUGGCGAAGUACCCGGAACCAGUUUUCGGACACCGUGUGCAUCGACGACAAACGCUACUACGCCAACACGACGCUCGGUGAGUGUGAGAAUCGGGCGGAAGUGUUUCAGUACUUUGACGACAGUGCGCGCUCGGUUCCGUUCAAGUAUCCUCCCGGUGAUGGUGUACGAUCGGUCGAUGGGGAGACCUUAUACGCGAAGGAUAGCGUCGAUCGGCCACGUGGUAAAGCGGACGAGUUCAUUGAUAUUACUGGUGGCAUCGAACGCCGGGAGGACGGCGAUCACGAGGAACGAUCGACUAGAGAUAAAUCAGACUGUUCCAAUAUUGACGUGGAGUCGCUGGAUAAUGAGGGGGAUGAGGAUAGCAAAGAAUCGAUCAACAUUGUGGAUAGUGAGGAAAAGGAAGACGACAGUGCAGCUGUGCUGAACGACGGUCAACGUUACUUUGCGGACGAGCGACUCCACCUGCAGGCUAUUGAAGGAUUCGCCCGACUGUUCGAGCGUAGCUUCCCCUCGACCAGCACGAAGAAAUCCCAUUCUUCCGCGGCCGGAUCGAGUGCUCGCGGUUCGUCCUCGAAGAGCGAGCGACGUCGCACGAAGGCACGCCGUCAGGGUGCGAUCGACGAGGAUAACACCAGCCCCGUCUCCGGUACGAUCAUCCGGAAGCUGCAAGACGGGGAAGAGCUUGUCGUCCGCAAAGGUGACAUCGAUCCAGCGUUCAACGUCGUCGAGAUUACGGACGAAGCGAAGGAGAUCCUCUCGAAGAUUGAUAACAAGAUCGGAUCGUACCUGUGCCAACUGUGCCGUGCGCUGUAUGACGAUGCGUUCGGUUUGGCACAGCAUCGCUGUUCGCGUAUCGUGCACAUCGAGUAUCGGUGCUCCGAGUGUGACAAAGUGUUCAACUGUCCUGCGAACCUGGCGUCCCACAAGCGCUGGCACAAACCACGCGGUAUGUCAGCCGAUGGUAGGAAAGGUGGUUCCAAGGCUGCUAUUGUGCGCCAGGAAGAGCGCAGCAGUGAGGACGAACCGAUAGAGAUAUUGGACAACUCAAACGAUAACCACCAACAGCCACCAGUGUUGCCAACUGCAACCACAGCCGAAGAAGAAUCUUACCCCUGCGGCCAGUGUGGUAAAACUUUCCGCAGACAAAGUUAUCUGAAGAAGCAUGCAGCUUCGCACCAAAUGGAACCUGCCCUGCUGCGCAACAUUGACCUGCGACCCACAGCGUUCAACGGUGAUUCGUUCAGUACACCCACUUCCAGCAGUUCGUCAGCGGUUACUAGUCUCGGUUCUACAUUCCCCGCUAGUCAUCACCUGCUGUCCCACGGUGGGCCGCCGGGUGGAUGCUUUGCAGCAGCAUUCGACAAGCUAACGCGCCCAUUAGCAACUCCAACGUCCGCCUCGGCUCUGUUUCCAUUUGCCGCCUGUUACGGUGGUAUGGCCUCACUGGCCGUCGGUAGUGUCGGAGGUGGAACGGGCAAUGUUGCACCGAAUGUUUCGCACUACAGCGAGCUUGAGAAACGUCGCUGGCAGUCACUCGGUGAGCUGUAUCUUCAGCAGCGAGAGCGCCUCUCUGCGUUCCAGUACGUACGGCAGCAUCAGUAUGAGGAUUAUUUGAAAUGCUUUCAACCUUUUCAGUUCGCGCGUGACAAAACCUGA